AUGGCGGUGACCAGUGUUUGUUUGAGCUCUGAUGAAGGCACCAUGUACACCGGCGGCAAAGACUGCGCGGUCAUCAGAUGGGACGUGGAGACUGGCAAGAAGGAUGUGUAUCCGGGCGGCCGCAACAAGUUCGAGUGCGGCGCCCACUUCGAGAAGGUCUUGAGCCUCUGCUUGUUGGAGCAGCGGGGCUUGCUGGUCUCUGCGGGCGUGGACCGCUUGGCGCCCGGCUCAGGUACGGCUCUGGGACCCCAGAGCACCUGCCAAGAAUGGCAGUUCACCUUCGAUGACUACAGCUGCCGUUUGUCUUUGGUGCGGCCCAACCUCAUGGCUACGGAUUUUCCAACUCGGCCGCGCCAGCAUUGGUUGGCGGCACGGCUGAACCGCGACCACCAGGGCAGCUACCUGAUUCUGAACCUCUCGGGGGCGAUCUAUGACACCUGCGAGCUGCAAGGCCCCGUGAUGGACGUCGUGAUGUCCGGCUGCGUACUUCCCUUGGAGGUGUUGUUGCGCCUCAUCGUCUCGGUGCAUCAGUGGCUGUCGCGGGCAACAAAGAACGUGGUCGUGGCGCAUGGUGCCGACGCGGGAACGGGCUCCAGCACCGAUCACUUCGGUCCAGGUGCCUACCCUGUGGUGCUGAUAUUCGCUUGCUACCUCAGCUGGGUCGGUAAGGCGGACCACCCCAAGGAGGCGAUGCUGGAGGUCUGCAGGCGAAUGGGCAUCUCCAAGAGCCUUUGCCCGUCACAGCUCAGAUAUCUUAGCUACUUUGAGCUUCUGCAGCGUGGCAAGCUGGACCUCUGGUCCCAUCCAGCUCGUCUUGCACGUGUUGUGCUGAUACACGUGGGCUCGGAAGAUCGAGAACGGGCACUAGAAGUGUGGAAGCAGGAUAUCCUCAUCUUCCGCACCAACGUAAGCGAGGAUGAUGAUGUUUGUCACACCUCCGCCAUCCACAUCACCAGCUCCGCUUGCGGCGACCUUUCCGUCCGAUUGGUAACAAGACGAACGCAGGUGGAUGAUGGCGCUGUGGGUGACUGGGAGCUUGAGUUUCAGGUCUGCUUCCACACGGCCCUGGUGGCCCUGGCUGGUGGCCUCUCCCGGUUCCCGGCCAUGGAGCUGGACGGCAGGGAACGCGGGGCACUGCCCGAAGGCUGUGCAGUGGACGUGUUUGUGGAGAACAUUGAGCCUGUGCAGGAGGCAGAGGAGGGGUCCUCGGCUGCCGCCGCCGCGCAGGGGCCGAAGCCGGCAGCCCCGGAGGGCGCUCAGUUCUUCGACCUUUCAGCAGACGAUGAUGCUGUUGUGGAGGUACCGCCCAGUCGCAGAUCUCCUAGCCGUGUCGCAGUUUUUGCGCCGGAGGACAUCGAUGCGUUCUUUGAGGAUCUUUGA